UACAGAUUGCGGACAGGAUGGUCUGUAAAAACGGGAUCUUUCGAAUCCCAUGGGUGGGGAGAAUAUCCAAAUUCCUGCACGAGCAAUUCCAAUCGUUGCGGACAAUCUUUCUUGCUCACUGACGAUGAACGAAAAACCAUUAUCCAGGUAAUACAAAGGGCUGAAGCUCUCGAUCUAUCGGAGCAAGAGCGAGUCGGUAGGCUCGUCGAGAGAUUGGAAAAUAUGAAGCGGAAUGUAUGCAUUGUAACAUCGACCAGAUCAAACGAGAGACGCAGUUGCGGAAGUCGAUGCUCCGGCGGGGCUCGCUGUGUUUGUUCGUGUGCACUUUGUGGUGAAAAAUUCGGCACAGUACUAGGAGCGAGCGCGAAUCUCUGCAAAGACUGUCGGAAAUAUAUUUGCCAAAAAUGUGGCAUCGAGGCCACAAGACUCAAUCCAUCGAAAGGAAACGGCGACGAAAAUAAUGCAACUACUUCAUCGCGCAGCUCAUUACGUGUCAUAAGACUCGCUCAAGAACGAACAGGAAGCGUUAAAGGAAUUGUCCAAAGGUCUCACGGUAAUGCGCAAAAGCAAUUCCUCUGUCGAAUUUGUGCCGAAACCAGAGAGAUGUGGAAGAAGAGUGGUGCUUGGUUCUUCAAAGGCAUGCCGAAGUAUAUUCUACCGGAGAAGAAGGAGAGAGGAUGGUGUCGACUCGGUCACAGAACGUCGACAUGGACGAUAGGCGGCGGACCGUGCAAAUCCUUGGAUUCAACCGAUGCCCAGGAUUCCUCGUCUGACGACGAUGCAACGCGGCGACUCGCAGUAACUCGCGGUCAUUCACCUACAAAUCUAUCAAGCAACCGUGAAAGCACUCCUACCAAGUUGACAAUUUCAAGCCCUGCUACCAGUACUUCAUCGCCAAGAAGUCCUCGGGGAAGACCAAAUGGCCUGUCACCUUCGGGUUAUCGCGAGGAUACUAGUUCCGACAGACUGGACAAGUCCUGUCUCUCGAUCGCGUCUCAAUGCAGUCGACUUUCGCCCACGGGUUCAAUUAGCACCCCUCGCUCGAGGGCAAGCGGCAAAAGCCCGAACGGACUGCAGGUCGAACAACGCGUGUCUUUUGAAGACAUUUUUGUAGACGAUGAAAAAGCUAAUGAGGCAGAUGAUGACGAGGAAGAGGACACCGAAGAGGCACGCAAGGAUAUUUCUACAUCCAUGGAUCGAUCGAAGAGCACUCAGGUACAAUCUCUCAGACUAAAAACGCCGACGAUAGCGACGACACCGACCACACCGGUCGAACGGUUCCAGACUAUGGGCAAGAUCCUCGAAAAGAAUGCGGAACGAGAUGCGAGCAGAUCCUGCUCGGACCAGGACAGCUCUUCCAGCAGUCGCAGCAACAGUCAGGUCAGGAUGCCAAGAACCCCGGAAUAUCCACAAGAAACGGAACAAGAUUAUGGGACUCUCGAAGUCUCCUUGCGAUACGACCCGGCAGAUCAGUGCCUCCAGUGCAAAGUGGAGCGUGCACGUCGUCUAAAGCCCAUGGAUAUUCAAGGCCUCGCCGAUCCUUUUUGCAAGCUGAACAUAUUGCCCGUCGAGAAAGCAACGAGCAGACGAUUACGAACGAAGACGGUGCACAAGACGCGCGAUCCCGAAUUCAACGAGACGGUGAACUUUCACGGAACGACGGAAACCGAUAUAUCGACCGGCAAAGCUUUGCACAUCUUAGUCAUCCAGGACGAUCCAUCGGGCCAGGACUUCUUGGGAGAGGCGAAAUUCCCCCUACACGAAUUGAUACCAUAUCAAACAAAACAUUACAAAGUUUCUCUACAAGCUCAUUAUCCAGUGGACAACGAAGAGGAAAUCUGGGGCAUGUGUUCAAGCGGUCGCGGGAAGAUUCAGAUAAGCCUGAGCUACUGCACACGUCGGCGUGCACUGUUGGUCACGGUACACCGUGCCACGAAUCUCCUACCCAUGGACAGCAACGGGUUUUCUGAUCCAUUCGUCAAAUUAGCACUCGUCGAAGAUGCGACCGACAAUCAUCGGCAGCAACGGUUCCUAGAUUAUUCGGCCAAUCGCGCUACUGCCAAAAAGCUGAAGAAAACGGCCGGCCGCGGAUCGCAGAGUACGAGCAUCAAGCGGAAGACAUUGAAUCCAGAAUGGAACGAAGAGUUCGUUUUCGCGACUCGACUGACGGAACUAAUGAAGCUAACCCUAUGCUUGUCCGUGUGGGACAAGGACUUUGGCAAGAGUAACGACUAUCUAGGCGGCCUUAUGUUAGGUUGCGGUAGCAAAGGAGCGCGUUUACGACAUUGGAUAGAUGCGAUCAAGUUCCCGGAUCAUCGUCAUUUGGCAUGGCAUAAUCUGGCAGAGAUGGAUGUACCUAUGGAAUGAUAGCUUUGUUUCAGUAAUCGGAAAGCAGGUCAAGAUUAAAUGCGCACGAAACAUGCGGGCUUUAUCGACACAUUAUACAAACGUAUAGUUACAUUUACACGGAUAUUAUACACGCGCGUACACGAUAAUAUACUUGGAAUGCGUGUUAUCGAUUUGUGCGUGAUUUAUCGUUGCUCAAAACUUAAGUAUUAUGAAGCAUUAAGAGUUGAUACAAAAAUAAAGAAAUUGAGAACUA